AUGACAACCGAAGAGCAUCCAAUCAACCGAGCCGAAUGGCAAAAGGUCUACGGUGAGCCCACGUCCAAGCCCGGAUCGAUCAGCGUAGAUCAGCUCACUGCUUGGUAUGCCAACAAAACACCAGGCAAGGACUUUAUCGUCAUUGAUGUGCGACGUUCCGACUGCGAAUACAUACUUCCGGCAGCCAUCAAUCUGCCAGCCCAUUCUAUACCCGCGACUCUCCCGACGUUAGCACCAAUGCUCUCGACCAUCCCCAAGUUGAUCUUUCACUGCAACUCAAGCAAGGGCAGAGGCACGAGGGCUGCAGGAUGGGUGGCAGAUGCGCUUGUCAAGAUCCACACUCAAGCCGAUGCUUCAGAGACGCAGGCGCAGCAGAGCAUUGCACAACAGGUGCUCAUUCUCACAGGCGGGAUCAUAGCCUGGACCGAAAAGCACGGCAAGCGACCUCUAGAGACCCGAGGACAACUGUGGGAUGGCCGGACGCUAUCUGCAAUCCCUCUCUAA